AUGAGCAACAGCAACUAUGAAAUGGGGCACCUGCCAGUGCCAACUCAACCCAACCACCCACAACAACGAUUCUCUAGCGAAGCCAACUCGCCAUGGGAUUCCGUGGAAGACUUGCCCGAGCCUGUAUUGCCAUGGAUGAGAUCGGAAUCGCGCCACUCAUUUGGAGCGUCAUCACGUAGUUCGGUGGAAUCCAAUAGUUUACACGUGAUGAAACGAUAUGUGCCUGAUCCUGAUCAAAAGAAGCGCCAGAUUUGGACAAAACGGAAAUGGUGGAUCCUUUUCUCAAAUACUUUGUUGUUCUGCUAUGGUCUGGCCAUCUUGUUAUAUGCACUCUUGACCUUUUUCAAAUUCUAUCUCCGAGCUGAUGUCGUGAUUGUGGGUGAACGCAUGAUUCUUAAUGUCAUUACAGCCACGGGUGUCAUUUGUCUAUUCUCUUCUUUGCUGGGCUUUGUCGGCAUUAUGCUGAAUCAUCGAGGUAUCCUUACCAUCUACAAUCUGUUUAUGUGGGUCUGCUUUGGUAUGAUCACUGCCAUUGGUUACAUUGCUUACCGAAAAGCCAAGUGGAACAUUGAGGGUAAAUUGUCGUACCAAUGGCAUUACGACCUCACCACCGAUGGAAGAGCAAGAAUCCAGGCCAAUCUUCAUUGUUGUGGUUACAAGUCAUUUACGGAUUUCCAUGAGCGAUCCAACAAGUGUUUCCCUCGCACCUUGUUGCCAGGUUGCAAGUUCAAGUAUCAAAACUUUACAAAGGACUUUCUCAAAUAUACGUGGAUCACAGCGUUCUCUCUCCUUCCAUUGCAUCUCUUUGUCCUCGUAUCGGCGUUGCUUUGUGCCAACCAUGUGAACCGUCAAUUUGGCAAGAAUCUGCCUCCCAAGAUUUAUCGCUUAGAUUAUCAAGGCAUUGUGGCUGGUACCCCAACAGGAAGUUCGGUCAAUUUGCAUCGCGAUGGCUUGCAGCAAAGAAACGUCUAG